ACGACAGGAUGCUGCUGCUACUGUCACUUCUGCCGUUGCCGCUGUUGUUAGAGAUUUUGCUUUUGCUCCUUCUACCGCAUGACAAUUGUUUUCCUCGUCUGAGCAGAUACCAGCCUCAGAUGCUCAAGGUGAGAGUCUUGCCUUUCACUCUGGGCUACUGGUUUACUUAAUCUGGUCAGUUUGUUCAGUGUUUGUGGUUUUCUUUAUCUCAUGACCCUCCUUACCUCUAUUUUGUUUUGUUGUGCUUGCUUUUGGGGGAAUGUUUCUUCCCCCUGCAGAAGAGCUGGAAUUGCUUGAGAGGCGUUUAAGGAAUUAUAAAAGUGGCUAGCAAAGUGGCUCAGUAAUUGCAAAGCUAUUCUCACUUCAGAGAAGCAGAGACAGUGACAGAGGGCUUGGGGGCACAGGGACUGGGGGGAUCUAAUUUUUCCUGUGCAUUACUCCUCUCUCAGUUUGGAUGAUGUUGCUGAGCUUCGACCUUUUAUUGACUCCCAGUCUGUGAUUUUUGCAGAGCACUGUGACUAUUACUACCGUCUCUUUUUGUCUGUGUCUCACAGUAAUGGACUGUGAUAGAGUUAAGGCCUUUUGGAGGUGAGCUGUUUGAGAGCUGAUGCUUAAACAUGUCUGAAGUAGCUGCCGACACUUUCCCCAGCCCCUCAGCUCAGC